GAGGAGAGAGAGGUAGAAGGAAAGAAAGGGAAAUGAGGGUUAAAGGUUUAUGAAGGAAGAGAGAAAGAGGGAGAUACAAGGCGGAAAGAAGUCCUCAGAAGGAGAGAGAACCAGGAGUGAGCAUGUGGAAGGGAAACAGCCCAGGGGGUAACCAGGGAGCAGCCAUGGAGGAAACUAGUGGAGAACUGGUGGGACAGAGGAACUGGGGUCUAGAAGAUGCCUCAGGCCUCUUGGCAAUGGCCUCCCUGCCCAUCAUGCCAGCAUGGCCAUUGCCCCUGGUCUCCUCAGCCUUAACUCUGCUCCUCGGAGCCUUCACUUCCCUUUUCCUCUGGUACUGCUAUCGCUUGGGCUCCCAAGAUAUGCAAGCUCUGGCUGGGAGUCAGGCUGGGAGUGUCAGUGGUGGGCCUGGGGUUUGUUACGAGGCUGGCAGGCCAAGCCCAGGGAGUUCUGGGGAACCUGGGAAGAGACCCAGAACAGAAGGCCUAGUGAGCCGUCGCCUCCGGGCCUAUGCCAGACGCUACUCCUGGGCAGGGAUGGGCAGGGUGAGGCGGGCAGCUCAGGGUGGCCCAGGCUCUGGGGGAGGGCCAGGGGUCCUGGGCAUUCAGCGCCCAGGCCUGCUUUUCCUGCCAGACCUGCCCUCAGCCCCUUUUGUGCCACGGGAUGCCCAGCGACACGACGUGGAGCUCUUGGAGAGCAGCUUCCCUGCUAUUCUGCGGGACUUUGGGGCUGUGAGCUGGGACUUCUCAGGGACUACCCCUCUGCCUCAGGGCUGGUCCCCACCACUGGCCCCUGGGUGCUACCAGCUCCUGCUGUACCAAGCUGGCCGGUGCCAACCCAACAACUGCCGCCGGUGCCCUGGGGCAUAUCGGGCACUGAGGGGGCUUAGGAGCUUCAUGAGUGCCAACACCUUCGGCAAUGCUGGCUUUUCUGUCCUCCUGCCUGGGGCCCGGCUUGAGGGCUGCUGUGGGCCCACCAAUGCUCGGGUCAGAUGCCAUCUGGGCCUGAAGAUCCCCCCUGGCUGUGAGCUGGUGGUUGGGGGUGAGCCCCAGUGCUGGGCUGAGGGACACUGUCUACUGGUGGAUGACUCCUUCCUGCAUACAGAGGCUCAUAAUGGCUCCCCUGAAGAUGGGCCUCGAGUAGUCUUCAUCGUGGACCUUUGGCAUCCCAAUGUGGCUGGAGCCGAGCGCCAAGCCCUUGACUUUGUCUUCACACCAGAAUCUUAAAAGAAGAUGUUCCCUUCAAGACAUCUGGGCUGGAAAGAUGCUACACUCAAGGAUGGCUUGAGUGGUAGCUAGGACCUCUUCUCCAUUGCAGAGUGGGGCAAGGCUGAGGGUGGGAACUGGCUAAUGAAUAUUGAAAUACAGAUCUUAAAUCUUCUCCUAA